AUGUCCAGGCCGAAUUCCAUUCGGAACAGACCAUCAGCUACAGUUGAAGAAGAUUGGUCUAAGAUCACGGAUAAGACGGCCAGGAAGCGAGUCCAGAACCGCGUUGCCCAGCGAAACUACAGUGAGACCCUGCCGGCCCAUUAUUUUGUGAACUAUUUAGCUCAGGUCAGACCCAUAGGAAGAAAUCUGAAACAGCGAAUUCAAGAUCUUGAGCGGCAAAAUGGCUCGGGAUGUGUGAGAACCAUAAAAGAUACUCUUCACUGCUGUUCCGAAGGGCAAGCUGUGAGGAGCCAAGAUGAAUGUGCGGAUACUUGCAUAGGUGUCCCAUUGCACCAACACCAGGCCGGCGAAGUUCAUAACCCGCACAAUCAUUGCGUUCAAGCAUCGGCAGAGCCUGAAUUAGCCUAUCCAGUGUCUUUUCUCAAGCCUGCCCUUAUCAAUAGUCAGAGAUCUCCCCAAAGUUUGAAUCAUCUACUUUCUUUGGGAGGGACAGCGAGUCAUGGACAGAAAUAUGGGGAUAUACCAAUGCCUUCUCUUCGGUCUCCAAUAGACUGCUCCGAAGACUCACUUCAAGUACCAUCGGAGCAAGCUGAUGAGGCUUUUUCUGAUAAGGACUGGAAAAUUGCUGGAGCAAUCGAAGAAGAGGCCAACGAUUUUCAACCCACUUUGCAGAAGAAUAGUGAGAAUUUGAUUAAACCAAAUCUUCCCGUGGCGGAAACAGACUUCUGUUCUCGCCGUUCGGAAUGUGUCGCCAGGGAGACUCGCCGCAUUGGCAAAGGAAUCGCUGUACCCGGAAACUCUGCCCCUUCCAAAAGUAAACAUGGAAUUGAUCCGGAUGGCAUGAACAGGGCACAGCAAUCAAGCACGGUUCCUGAUAUCCCACCGGACACGGCGAGCUUGCAAGAAAGGGUCGAGUUUCUUCUCGAAUGUGCGAACAGAGUCGGGUUCACCAAAUUUGAUACAGCCAUAUCCCAUUAUUACACAGCCGAAUUUUCCCAAUCAUCGAUUGCUUUCAAUGCUCAACGAGUUAGCAGAAAGCGACACUUGCCUGAGGUCCUGGCUCUUAUCCGCGAAAAGGCCAACUCGUGGAGUCAGUGGGAAGCUCAGGGAUAUCGUGACGAAACAUUGAAGUCUUCGGAACAAUUCCUACUAGAGGAAUAUAGACAUGCAAAUUCAUUGAGUGACGGGCAAAUAUUCCAGCAUAUAAGGCGUAAGUCGCUAGGUCAUAAGCAGAGCCCAAGUGAAGAUCUUAUCUCGGAUGUCAAUAAGACUCUCCAGGCAAAGAAAGUCUCGCUGGAUUUGCUGCUGUGCUGGGUUGAUAUCUGUAUGAGCAAGUAA